GCCUUCUGGAUCACCAUCGCCACCAGCAGGUACCAGGGGCCCGUGCACUUCGCGCUCUUCGUGUCCGUGCUCUUCUGGCUGCUGACCCUGGGCCUCUACUUUCUCACGCUGCUGGGUAAGCACGAGCUGGUGCCCGUUCUGGGCUCGCGCUGGCUCGUGGUCAACGUGGCGCACGACCUGCUGGCGGCUGCGCUCUACGGCGCCGCGACAGCCAUCAUGAUCGACCAGACUCAGAGGCACAGCUACUGCAACCUCAAGAAUUACCAGAUGCCCUGCGCCUACCACGCCUUCCUGGGCGCCGCCGUCUGCGGGGGCCUCUGCCUGGGCCUCUCCCUGCUCUCUGAGCUCUAC